GAGAAGAAGAACAAGGAAAUCUCGGCCGGCACUGAGCUGCUGCUCAGCUUCAACGGCUCCCAGGCGCCCCGCGACGGCUCGGGCCUGAAGGUGGAGAUAGGCGGCAAAAUCUACAGCGCGACGGUGGUCGCCUCCGAGUUCGACGCCUUCCAGACGCCCAGCCCCACCCCACGGGCGGACGACGACCGCAGCGAGGCGCCAGGAGGGGGGGCGUAA